CGUGAGCCCUCCAUCUCACCCACAAAAUCACAAUUAAUUCAAUCUAAGCACAAUUCACCUAAAAUAUGAGUUCAGUCCAAGUGAUUUCCACCACUACAAUUUAUGCACCAAAUCACAAUUUGGGUAAUAACUCAACUGAUCAAGAAAUUGAUCUAACUCCAUGGGAUCUUCAAUUCCUUCCAUUUGGAGUAAACCAAAAGGGCCUUCUAUAUCACCACCCUAAAGAACUAAACACAUCAAAUCAAAUCCAUCAUCUUAAACACUCUCUUUCCACAACCCUAGAUUUUUUUCCUCCAUUUACAGGCCGUCUCAAAAUCACUGAACAUCGAGACAAUACUAUCUCGUGUUCAAUCACGUGCAACAAUGAAGGUGCACUCUUUCUCCACGCCAUAGCAAAAAAUACUAGUGUCGCUGACAUCCUUGAACCGACCUAUCUUCCCCCUAUUCUCCACUCAUUUUUUCCACUUAACGGAGUUAAAAACUACCAAGGAACAUCACAACCAUUGCUUGCCGUCCAAGUAACGGAGUUACUUGACGGCAUCUUCAUUGGCUUCACAAUCAACCAUGUAGUUGUUGAUGGCAAAUCAAUUUGGCAUUUCGUCAAUUCAUGGGCCGAAAUCUCCAAAGGUUGUCUUAAAACAUCGAAACUCCCAACCUUUGAACGAUGGUUUCCAAAUAACAUUAUUCAACGUCCUAUUCGUUUUCCUUUCACAAUAGAGCAACAAAAUAAUAACUCUAAUAAUAAAGGUGAAGAUCAAAAUCUCAACCCACCGGAGAGGUUAUUUCAUUUCACAAAAGAGAAUAUUGCAAAACUCAAACUCAAAGCCAACAUAGAAGUUGGUACAAAGAAAUUAUCUUCAUUACAAGCUCUUUUCACUCAUAUUUGGCGCUCCAUAAUACGUUCUAAACUACUGGAGCCACAAGAAGAAGUAAAAUACAUGGUGGUUAUAGGGAUUAGACCAAGGUUGGUUCCUGCUUUGCAAGAAGAUUAUUUUGGGAACGCUAUGAUAAUUUGUGGGGUGACAAUGAAAGUUGGUGAAUUGUUGGAAGAAGGUGGACUUGGUAAAAGUGCUUGGGAGAUGAAUAAGAUGAUUGCUUUGCACUCUGAUGAGAAGUUGAAGAAACAUUAUGAGACUUGGUCGAAAACGCCGACUUUUAUUACGCCUGGUAGUGUGGCUAAUAGUAAUACAUUGGUGACUAGUAGUUCACCUUGGUUUGAUGUUUAUGGUAAUGAUUUUGGUUGGGGAAAACCUGUCGGUGUUCGAAGUGGGGGUGCAAAUAAAAAAAAUGGGAAGAUUAGUGUGUUUGCUGGUGUAGAAGAAGGUAGUAUGGACCUUGAAGUGUGUCUUCCUUAUGAAAUUUUGGAGGCAAUUGGAAAUGAUCCAGAGUUUAUGGCUUUUGUAUCCAUCUAAGCCUAUGAGAUAUUAUCUCUGGAAUGAAAUAUAAAUAAAAAUAGUAGUUGAAAAGUUGAUAUAUUUAAAUUAAAUUUUUAAUUAAAUACAUCAAAGCUUCAACUAUCAUUUUUAUUUUUAUUUUAUUAUAGAUUUAAUAUGAGGUUUGAAAUAUGCAAUUAGAUCAUUUGGUUUGUACUGUGAAAUGCAUAAAUAUGUUAAAUUUAGUUUUGUAGUUUUCAUUACAUGUAUAUGACAAGAAACCUUUGAUAUUUGGUUUCUAUGUCUGAUAUAUUGAAUGUGAUGACUUGUGACUUAAUUGUAUCAAGUUGUAUUAUGUGUGGUAAGUACUCAAUUUUAUUUGGGUAAAAUAAAAUCAAUUGUUUUUCGUAAA